UUCCAAAUUGCCUUUCCCCGAAUUCAAAUUGCUUCAUAUAUUAUGUUCAUGAUAACUACUGCAGUUCCUCUUUUCUUCGAGUCCCUUUUUUCUACCAGACAAGUUCCCAGGCUAAUGAAUUCUAGAUUUUCAUUUAAUAAAUGUUGCGAAGGAAAUCCUCAUUAUUUUUGGCUUCAUCAAUCUAAACCAGACACGGAAAAUGCUGCUUUCUAAGUACCUGGGAUCAAUAGAGCGGGAUGCUCACGAACAAACACUCUGCACGCCAUCACCAAGAAGAAUUCAGUAAUUGAAAAGACCUUAUAAAUCAAUAGAGCUAAAUUGAAAACUCUGAGCGGCCUCCUCGUCAGUCACAGGAAUUCUGGAUGAAGACUUCUCUUUACUUUCUGGGAGAAAAACAUCGGAGAACCUUGAAGAGGAGGAAGUGGGCGGGGAAGCCGAUAUUCUGCUUAAUCUUAAUCAGGCUCCAGAUCUGGAUCCCUGCCCCUGAUGCCGGGAGAAAUACGGACCAGUUUACCGAGACUCAUUCAUUCAGUCGUAAUUCUCCAGCGCUGACGCUUGGGGUCUGCGGAGGCGGGACGGUCCGACGGCCCCGUCCCCCCGAGGCCCGAUGAACCUCGCGACCAUGGCGGCGGUGGCGGCGGAGCCCAAGUGGAUCUGGGCCUGGGGCUGGUUCCGGUGGGCGGCGCUUCUGGGGGUGCUGCUGGGCUCCCUGCUGAUGCUCCUGCUGCCCCGGGGGAGCAGGGAGGAGCCGUGCGCCGCGGUGCUGAAGGGGCUGACCCUGCUCCGGAGCAGGCUGGACGGCGGCCACCGCGCCGCCGGCAAACCCGGCCCUCCCGUCACCACCACCGGGCUCAGCGUCACGGCGGGCGGGGUGGACCUGCUGGUCGUCAAACACAAGCCCUCGGCAGACGUCCGGCUGGAGGCCAGAGCGGCCCUGAAGCAGGCGCUGGAGAUGAAGCGUCAGGGCAAGCGGGAGAAGGCCCACAGGCUCUUCUCCCACGCCCUGCGGAUGAACCCGGACGACGUGGAGGCGCUGAACGAGUUCGGCAUCUUCUCCGAGGAGGAGGAGGACAUCGUCCGGGCCGACUUCCUCUACGGCAAAGCCCUGGCCCUGGCGCCCUGCCACCCGAAGGCCCUGCGGAACCGGGACCGGACGCUGCCGCUGGUGGAGGAGAUCGACCAGCGGCACUUCGGCCUGCUGGACGCCAAGGUCAAGAAGGUGAUGGCCGUCCCCAAGGGGGACUCGGCCCUGCGCCGCGUCAUGGAGGAGGCCUACUAUCACCACAUCUACCACACGGUGGCCAUCGAGGGCAACACCCUGACCCUGGCCGAGAUCCGCCACAUCGUCGAGACGCGCUACGCCGUGCCGGGCCGCAGCCUGGAGGAGCAGAACGAGGUGGUGGGCGUCCACGCCGCCAUGAUGUUCGUCAACACCACCCUGCUGGCCCGGGUCGGGGCCGUGACCAUCCGCGACGUGCUGGACAUCCACCGCCGGGUGCUGGGCUACGUGGACCCCGUGGAGGCGGGCCGCUUCCGGCGCAGCCAGGUGUUCGUGGGGCACCACGUGCCCCCGCACCCCCGGGACGUGCGGCGGCAGAUGGAGGAGUUCACCCAGUGGCUCAACUCGGAAGACGCCGCCAGCCUGCAUCCGGUGGAGUUCGCCGCCCUGGCCCACUACAAGUUCGUCUACAUCCACCCCUUCGUCGACGGCAACGGCCGGACCUCGCGCCUGCUCAUGAACCUCAUCCUGCUGCAGGCCGGCUACCCGCCCAUCACCGUCCGCAAGGAGCAGAGGGCCGAGUACUACCACGUCCUCCAGGUGGCCAACGAAGGGGACGUCCGGCCCUUCAUCCGCUUCAUCGCCAAGUGCACCGAGACCACGCUGGACACGCUGCUCCUCGCCACCACCGACUAUUCCGUGGGGCUGCCCGAGGCGCUGUCUCCGGGCCCGCCGUCGGACGACCGGACCAUCCCGGUCAAGACCUGACCUCUCUCGGGGCGGAGGGCGGGGAACCGGGCGCCCUCCCUCCGUCGAGGCCACUCUCCGGAACUCGCUGCUCGCUCGGAUGCGCCUUACCUCGGACCUCUCUCCUUGUGUGCUAAAGUAAGCCCGGCCCUCCACGUUUUAAUUUAUUCUGCCCAGUUAUUUAUUUUGUUCUCCCGCGUUAGCGGAUUAAAACACAUCGAGGUCGCACGUCCUCAGAGGCACUACCGACGGACCCCGGGACGACUCUCGCGCCACAGUCGGAUUGCGCGCUCCCCGCCUCACCGAGGCCGGAGCGGAGUCUCACGCCACAUGGCCGACGGAAGUGUUUUGCCGCGUCGUAGCGGGGGCUCUGGAGGCAAGGCAGGAAGAAAGGACGGGAACCGGUCAAGGAGUUAGUUUCAGAACCUUUGGAGAUGUGAAUCUGAAAGAGCGAGCCGGCCGCUCUUCACUGCUGGGGUCUAGGUCGGUCCACCGGGGUAGAGGGGAGACCCAUCGCAGGCUGGGUGGAAGGAUACGAAUUUAGAUAUUAAGGUGGGGAUUAGUUGGCUAACGAUUUGAUUUCACAGUCUGUUUAUUGUCAGCUUUGGUGACCAGAAUGUUGUUUUGCAUCUUCAGCCUCUGUGCAUUUAACUGGAGAUUCCCCGCCCACCCUCUCCCCACCCCCAUUUCUUCAUCUCAAACUCCACCGAGCUCCGAACACCCACCUGUUAGUGAAACGGGUGUUUGCCUACCAGAACCAGCCCCGACCAACGAGAUUCAAACUAGGAAUUGGACGGUGGAGGACGUCAGUCUCUCCUCUCUCCGCCUCAACAUGAUUUCCAACCCCGUCCUGGAAACGUGUUCCUCACCCAAGUAAGGUUUGGCUUUGAGGAACUGCUACCACCGAAGAGGACACUCCAGGUAGAACCUCUAACUCCACCCCCUCACUCCCCACGGUCUUCAAAACAUGGUCUUCCCACAGCGAUGCUGAGCUCCGACUCUUCUUCCACCUCUGGAGUUGGUGCCCCACAUGCUGCGUGAAGGGGGUUUGAACGUUUCUAGCACCUCGGAAGGAGGUAAAAUGUUACAGAGUUACCGAAGCACGGCACGCUCCCGUGGCUGCGUCUCAUCCGCCGUGGGCCGGGGUUGGGCUCUUUGUCACCCGAAAGCUAACCGGACUCCCUACGGGGACCGGAGCGUCUGAAAAAUUAAAUUUUCUGACGCCGGUACCCGCCGCCGCCGAACAUACCUAGAAAUGCCGCAGGGAGCUUUUUAACUACCCCCUUCUGGGUUCGAUCCAGCUGAAGACUUCUCGCUUAAGAUGUUCUGCUCGAAUCAGAAUCCAACGGGGGAAGGCGGGGGGGGAGUCUUUAGGGGGUUAAGUUUCCCUGCUAGGCCCAGGCAUUAAACUGACCUGUGUAAAGGACGUCCACCUUUCUAAAAAGGCAGUGUGCUUUUCACUUCAUGAUGUUACUUCGUCCCUACUGAAUCCAGAUCUAGGAAAUAUAGAGUCUUGGGGAGAAACUCACGAGAUGAGCUGAAUAGCAACCUGAUCGGGGGAAAAAACAAACACUUAUUUUCUAGCAUGACUGCAGAAUGAGUGGUUUGCACUUUAGCUGUGUGAAGGAUGUUAUUUUAACCGAUUAUUCUAAUAAACUAUUUUAUUAAGUAAA